CUAUUUAAUUCGAUCAAAUUAAUGUCUCGCGUUCGUUAAUUGUUUCGCUGUUGUACGACGAUUCUAUUAUAACAAACUAGUGCCGAGAUUGACCGUGUCAGGAUCAGUGACGUUCAAGGAAGAAAAGUGUGAAUAUAAUGUAUAUAAAUACAAUGGAUUUGCGUUGACGUGACCGAUCGGUAUUGGUUUGCUAAAAGUGAAGUUUGCUGAUCAGAGGAAUUUACAAAUGGUUCCACGAGUGACUGUUAUAAUUUUCGGAGGCAAAGAUGAAACGACGCGAAACUAGAUAAAGGAAGAUCGUCUUUUUACUAGCGGGUAAUGUGGAGGAUGCAGGAAAGCAGGACCGUGUCACCUUUAGGACCGGUCGUCCUGCAACGAGAGGAAGCCGAUAUGCGUGCCGGUCUAUCGCUGCCGCAGCAGGAAAGGAGACCCGUAUUGCUCGUACGCACCGGCGAAUCAUUUGCGAGAUACGAUAACGUACGGCAACAACAGUCGCCGUCGAGUCCACCGAUCCUACGAUCCGUCACUGCCGUCGAGAAAGAUCAGUACCAUGAGACAGAUUCGCACAUCAGGGAGAAAAGGUCCAACGACGAAGAGGAGGAAGAGCAGGAUGAGGAGGAAGAGGAUGAGGCUGAAGACGAGCGAAACACGUCGAGCAGGAGGAACGUUGUUGUGGACGAAGAAGAUGACGAGGAGCAGGAAGAAGAGGAUGAGGAAGAGAGCCAGCCCGAAGGACAUCGAAACGGCAGCUACCACGAGGACGGAGACGUCGAAGUCGACGUGUGCCGGGAGGAUGCUGACGAGAGCAAUCCAAGCAGCCCGGUGGAUCUCACGGCGCCCUCGUCGAGGGGUGUCGCAUCCGAGCAAUUUGUUCAUCCGUUCGCCAACCGCGUACAUUCUUUUACCUGUGUACAAAGUGGUGGCCACGGGCCCGCCGGUCACGGGACACCAGUGUAUAUAUCCGGGCAUGGCGCUACCGGCUCGGCCGUCAUGACGGUGUGUACUUCCGGUGGCGUGGCGCGCACUACUACCGGCACGUCGACAGGUAGCAUUACCACGACUGCCAGCACGGUGCAGACCAACAACAAGCGGUGCCUCGCAUUCUCCGUCGAGAAUAUCCUCGAUCCGAACAAGUUUACCGGUGGCCGUGUCGUCCAUAAUCGUGUGCAGCAUCGUCGACAUCGGCGCGCCGGCAGCGUGCACGAAGACGGCGACUCGCGAGGCGAAUUCGCCUGUGGCAGCGGCCAAGAAGAUGAGGAAGGUACACCGGAUACCAUCAUGGAGGAAAUGGAAGAAGACGUCGAGGAAGAAGAAGAGGACGAGGAGAUUGAAAUGCGAGUCGUGGAUCAAGAUUCUGGCAGCGUCGGACGGGAAAAUACAACCAGUGGAGGUGGCGGAAGUAAUAGUAAUACCAGUGGCAAACCCAGAAGAGCGCUGACAGCCUUCACCUAUGAACAGCUGGUCAGGCUAGAGAACAAGUUCAAGACGACCAGAUACCUGUCCGUGUGUGAACGUCUGAAUCUGGCGCUUGAGCUGCAGCUGACUGAGACCCAGGUGAAAAUCUGGUUCCAGAAUCGGCGAACCAAAUGGAAGAAGCAAAAUCCUGGCCUGGACGUAAACAGCCCUACCGUGCCGACGACGCCACCGCAUCCGUCGCCGUACGCACCCGCCUUCCUCUUCGCCGCGCAUCCUCAUCAGCACCCAUUGCCACACUCGCAUACGCAUCCACAUCCACAUGCUCACGUACACCACCCGCCGCCGCCAGUGCCGCCGCCACCGCCCGGAUACUACCACCCAGCGGCCCCACCUUACCCGCCGACCGGACCGACCUUCUUCGGCCAUCAUCUGUCGGCGACUCCUGCUGCGACUGCGUCAGGACCGCCGCCGACCUCUACGCCUUCCUCCACCGGCCUAGCUCUUUCGUCUCAUCCGCAUCCGCACACGCAUCCGCACGCGUAGCGAAUUCGGCGAUGAUACCCUGCAUCAACGUCCUCGCCUUCGUAGUCCUCGGCAGGGAAACGGUGGGUUUGUGUGAGUACUUCUGGCCGUGGCAAGAAAAGUACCAGGAGCGCAGAUUGCGCGCGUUCAUAUAUAUAUAAAACAAAAUUCUUAGACUCUUAUUAGUAUCAUCUCCGAACGUGUU